UUCAUCACCGAAAGAACGCUCUAAUCUCCAUGUCAGAGUCACUGGAUCUUCCUGUAGCACCCCUGCCGCUCACAUCGAAACAACGUGAUGAGCUCGAGGAAGCCAUACUCGAACAAGUUCGCGGCCUCUUGGACUUUAUGCUCAAUCCGACUGAGGGUAUGCUGGAUUGGCUGUGUGAAACGAUCGUCAGGAGGGUUAUGGAUGAAUCAAGCCUUUUUCUCAAACGCGAGAACCUGAGGAAUGUCCUUCGAGUCGAUUAUGGCAUGAUCAAAGUGGACGAACUACAUAAACACCCUCAAGUACGGGACAUAAUCCGCAAAGCCUGCGAGACGCGCUCAAAUUUCACCCACAUUGCUGACCUCAGUGAGUGUUUGUGCACUCCAUAUUUGUCACACUGUACACUGUGUCCCUGUCUGUGCUGACAAUUGUCGAAAACGCAGAAAUGUUUCAGAUUACACUACCCGAAUCGGGCAACGCCCCAGCUCAUGACAAGGACCAGCCAGCCUUCCUUUAUGAAUCAUUCGUCAGACCUUACAUCGGGAAGGCGGUGGACGGUUUUUACCAGUACCUGAAAAGCAACAACGAAAUGUUCAGAGCACGCGGCCUCGCUAGACCUUACUUUGCCAAAUUCUGUUCAAUUAUACAAAGUUCUGGUACGGGGAAAUCAAGACUGAUGACCGAGCUCCGGAAGAAAGGUGUUCUUGUGCUGUACAUGAACCUUCGUGAACCACGCGAGACAGGCUUCCCUAAGCGAGACCUAGUGCCCGCGCGUAUAUUAACGGAAUACGUGGACUGCUCUCAAGCCGAGUAUACUGCUCGUUGUUGUGCACUCUUCGCAGCUAUAUUCCACACCCUCCAGCAAGAUCUGAGCCCCAUGCUACGUUCAUUGGGCUCUGGCAGCGCUGAUGCUGCAAUCAAGUCUUGGAACGAUCAGAUGUGCGACAUGCGCUCAACAGCUCGUACGGAGUUCUUUGAGAAAGUUCAAUCUGAAUAUCAGUCGGUCCUUGGCAAGAUCAAAGAGAGCGGCGAUGUCAAUUGCGACGCGCCAGUAGUUGAAGAGACCGCUGAAAAACUCGAGAGGGUGUCUCUGACAGGCGCAUCAUUCGUCGUUGCCGCUUACACUGAAAUGCUGAAAAUGCCACAUGUAUUUCCCCAGGGCGACGCCCCAAAACUCGUCAUCGCAUUAGAUGAAGCCCACCCUCUGAGCAAAAUGAGUAGUAAGGGGUUUCGUCCAUCCCAUAUUCUUGGCAGGACAAUCAACGCCUACUGUCACAAGAAUGAUGCGUCAGUCUGGGUCGUUUUUGCAUCCACGACAUCACAAGUGGCCGAUUUUUCAACUCCUCAGGUGACCCAUGAUUCCUCGCGCGUAGCAAUAACUGGCCACCUUUUAUUCCAGCCUUAUACAUAUCUUGGUUGGGACCAAAAUGCGGACUCUCUGUCUGGUAUAUCGGCUAAUGAUGUUGCAAAGUUCGAUCAUAUUGUCGGAUUCGGUCGUCCGCUGUGGAAGUCGUUCAUGUACCAACUGAACGCCAGUGGGAUUAUGGUGCUGGCUGCCCGGAAACUCUGCAAGUCCAAAAACUUUAAUCCUCGCGACACAAACGAGGUUCUGGCCGUACUGUCUCAGAGAUUCUGUCUUGACAUUUGCUUCGGUCAUGCAAAUCCUGUUUCUUAUAUCGAAACAGGAGUGGCUAGUCACCUGCGCGUAUGCUUUUCGACGACCGAAGAUAGGUCAUGGGCUUAUCCAUCGGAACCGUUUCUAUCUUGCGUUGCGGCAAUUCUACUCCAUGGGACCAAUACCAAUUUGCCGGAUUCUUUGAAGGUUUUGAAGGCAAAGGUUGAUGGAGGGAUGGUCGAAACAGGACAAAGCGGAGAGCUGGCCAGCAGACUUUUGUUGCUUCUUGCCAAGGACAUGUACGUUCGCAGUCAUCUUUCCGAAGGCACGAUCUCGGAUCUAUACUAUAAUGGAACAGCGGACGCAGAAUUGAUGGACUGCCAGAAAGUCUCUGUCAUUGAUUUCCUGGAAUACCUUUUCGGCGAUCAGUUCUGGUCAAAUGCGGGCAUGGAUGCCCAGACAGCUUUUCAGCAUGCAUUCAUCAAUUUCUCACAUUGGCUCCCUAUGGAAAACUUUAUAUCGCCGAAAGAUUCUAAGCUAGCUGACGUUGAGUCGUCGAGCGCCAGAUGCGACGCCCAAGAGUGGACCUUGCGACACUGGCAUCGCACGAGUGCGGUGCAAUGCUGCCACCUGCAGCCGCUCGUCGAUAAGAUGAUUCCCAUCUAUUUUGACGAUCCCAACCUGGGCUCCAAUGAUGGCGACCGAAUGUCGCAGAUGUUUGUUUCGGAUAAAGCGGGGAAGAAUUGCAACGAGUCAACCUUGUCGUUUAUCACGCGCAAGGAUACUUCGAUCGAAUGUUCAUCAAACCUCCCCUACAUCGCUCUCCUUCUCGACCUCAAUGUGGACCCGAAGCUUAGCACCACAUUUCCUACGGGGGUGCCAAACCAUCCUGAAACCGACCUAUGUCUACGGAUCUACGCUGCCGGAAUGAGCGACACCACAUUUCCAUUCUUGCGUGAACAUCCCGAAGUCGCAAAACUGCUGCAUGGGCUUGUCUCGCGGCAGCAAGAAGUGCCGUCGCAGUCAUUUAAACGUCUAGAAGCACUCAUGAAAUUCGGGAGUACUGCUACGUUACGCCACUCGCGGUGGGAGGCACAAGAUGUACUGUAA